AUGACAAAGUCUGGUUGUAUCUUUCUCCUUGUCUCCCUUGGCUUACUACUUCAAUGCCUGGCGUUUCAAGUGCGAGAGAAUAAUUGUCAGAGUCACAGACUGCAUUUGCUAAGGAUACAACAAAGCGAUGAUCAUAUCAGGAUACUUUCCGUGCCAUCUUCAGCUGUGCUAUCAUCAUCAUCAUCAUCAUCAUCAUCAUCAUCAUCUCAAAUAUACAGCUCUUCUGCUGGAUACACCUCGGAAGUUUCAUGGAAUCCAGCUCAAGCAUCCGAGUUCUUGACUUGGAAUUCAGACGAUCCUGAAAAGGCAGGGAAACAAUUGGCGCCCAUGAUUCAACAUUGGGGAGGGAAUGAUGUUGGCGAAUUUCUGACUCGAAUGUACCUCGGUGAAGUCAAUCAAGAAGAGUAUACAAUUUCCUAUCAUCCGUCCAAUGUCCGAAGUCCACAAUGGCUCGGUUUGGGACAAGAUGGUUUGCGAUUCAUUACCUUGUUUUUCCGAGAAGCUCUGCCAGCGAAAACCUUGGAACCCCAAGAGAUUACCCGCUUUGCCACCUACUUUUUGCUCAAGGAGCACAAAUGGCCUUCGAUAUCUUCGAUAGUGCGAAAAGGGCGGGAAGUAGGUACAACCGCCAAUGGCAGCAGCAGCAGCAGUAGCAAUGAUAAUGACAGGUUUGAAACGGAUACCUUCAUGAAACAGGGCCAUGCUCCUGAUUUGGCACGAGUCUUUGGUUACUUGAGAAGAGAACGACUUGGAGAUUUUGUGGCGGACGAUGUGAUUGAUUUGAUUGAUCUUCCAGAACAACCCGACAAGAAUCAAAUCAUUGUCCAGCUGGGCGAAUUUUUGGGCCAUCUGGGCAUUCGACUCACCUCCAUGGAGAAAAUCAUGACGGUAGAAGGUCUUGCACUCCAGGGCUGCUCUCCGGGACUGAUUGCGCGAAUGGUAUCGUCCAUGGAAGAGAUUGGAGAAGAUGUGCGGUUGGCGAGUUUAGAGAAAACAAAGGCAUUGCGAGAAGCUGCUGGGAUCCCUCUCACAACCAAGAAUCCUAGUGAUAGAACGUCAAAAUCCAAGGAAUGGAUGAACGAGUCAAUAUCAGAACCAGUAAAGACACCUUACUCAGAGAUUGUGACAAAAGAAUCAGAAUCGUUGGGAAUAGAUGACUUUGAAGCUCGAUGGCUCCCUGAAGAGCUGUUUGAAGAAGAGAAAGCUUCUCAAUGA